AAAAGUUCGAACACACAUAACCGCUUCAUUUCCUUGUUUUCUCCAACCCCACAAUGGCCGGCGCCGCCUCUCUCGCCCUCUCUCCAAACCCUAGCUUCACCACCACCACCACCUCCUCCCACAGAUCCUCUCUCUCUACCCCCAACUUUCUCAAAUUCCCUACCCUAUCCCCCACCCCCAUCAAACCCCUAACCCACGCCCCACAAACCCAAACCCAAACCCCAAUCUCACGCGCCACCUUCUCCACACGCGCAGGCGCCUCCACGACUCCAUCCACCACAUUCCACGGUCUCUGCUACGUCGUCGGCGACAACAUCGACACCGACCAGAUCAUCCCCGCCGAGUACCUAACCCUGGUCCCCUCCAACCCCUCCGAGUACGAGAAGCUCGGGUCCUACGCGCUCGCUGGCCUCCCCGCCUCAUACUCCACGCGCUUCGUGGACCCGGGAGAGACCAAGUCGAAGUACUCGAUCGUAAUCGGGGGCGCCAACUUCGGGUGCGGGUCGUCGCGGGAGCACGCGCCGGUGGCGCUGGGAGCGUCGGGAGUGGCGGCGGUGGUAGCGGAGUCGUACGCUCGGAUAUUUUUCAGGAACUCGGUGGCGACGGGGGAGGUGUACCCGCUGGAAUCGGAGAGUAGGGUUUGCGAGGAGUGCAAGACGGGGGAUGUGGUGAGCAUUGAGUUGAGCGAGAGCCGUCUGAUCAAUCACACGACGGGGAAGGAGUACACGUUGAAGCCGAUUGGGGACGCGGGCCCUGUUAUUAGAGCUGGCGGGAUCUUUGCUUAUGCUAGGGAGGCUGGGAUGAUUCCUACUUUGAGUGUUUGACUCUGGUUUAGGGUUUUGAUUUGUAAUUUGGGUUUUGUUUUUGUGAUUUUGUAUGGUGAUUAAGCUUAAUGCUGGCUUGGCUGCCGUAUUAAGAAUUUAGGAGUUACCGGGCGGUUUAAUAACCAUUUCAUUUUCAGUUAUCAGUUUCGGUUUUUAUAAAUAAAAUGGUUAGCGAAUGGCCGCCAAACAAGUUCAAAGUA